AUGGAUGGUGGGGUUCGUCUGGUGAAGCUGCCCUCAGCCUCCAGCGCCUCCUUCGUGCUCCGCUUCCUGGAGACGCUGUGUCGCACGCUGCAGAGUCACUUCCUCUUCAGCUCCCAGCCCUUCAGCCACAUAUACACCUACAGUAACUAUGGUAACUACACCGUAACUACACCUACAGCACCACCAAGUCAGGUAACUAUGGUAACACUUUAA